GUCACUGAAGUAUGAAACCCAGAUUUGUGUUCCUUCAAAGAAAACAAAUGAUAUUGGCUGGAAAACAAAUUGAUUAUUAUAUUCUUUCUGGUAUUAGCGAUAACUACACUUAGAACUGUGCUAUUUUAAAUGUACCUAAAAUGAUAGAAACAUGUUCAAAAAGAUGUAUGCUUCUAGGAACGUUGUGCCUAGGCAUGUUAACUGUAAUAGUUCUCAUUGUCGAAUCACGGCUAGCUGAGAGAUUAUCAAGCAGUCAUAGAAUGAAAAACAAAACAUUCCCAACAGAGAACAACUCAACCUGUUGGGUUUAUCAACCAUACAAAGUUAUUAGUGAAUGUCAUCCUUGCUCAGAUUUUGAGAUUCGAAGUAAGAGUAUAGGAGUAUGUAUACAUACAAGUUUUAAAGAAAUUUUGAAGUGUGAAAAUGGAGAAACUGUGACAAGAAGCUGCGACCGGGUGGCCUAUUUAGAGAAGUGGGCCUACUGGAAGUUCACAAUUUGGUCAUUUGUCAUUGGUGCAGCAUCCUCUAUUGCUGUGAUGCUCAGAAUGAGAGUUCUCAAUUAUCGAGCUAAGCGAAGAGCACGACAAAUCCUGAGUAAUGGAGCGAUUUAAUAAAACAAAAACAAAGAACAAUACUGCAUAUAACUUCAAUUUGUUUAAUUAGAAAAAAAUUUGAACAUAUGAUAUUUAUUAUUGAAAUAAAUUUAU